AAUCCCUUUAGAACCUUCUAGGGUUUUGUUAUCCUCAACAGCUCUACACAUUCUAUCUUCAAAACAGAGUCUAAAAACACACUUCAUUCACUUCCUCAGUCCAUAGUAGAGAAAAAAACCUCUCCUUUACUAUCAAUAAUACCAAUUUCCCAAUAAAGCUCAGAAAGCAAUGGCGACAACUCAGCUGACCGCAUCAUCCAUUUCUGCUAAAGGUUUUGCAUCCUUCGAAGGGCUUAGGUCCACAAGUAAUGUAAAGGUUGCAUCUUUCGCUUCUUUAAAGCAGAAUAACAGGUCGUUCCGUGGACUUGUCGUUAAGGCUGCAACUGUUGUAUCCCCCAAGUACACUUCACUUAAACCAUUGGGUGAUAGAGUUCUCGUGAAGAUUAAGACCGCAGAGGAGAAGACUACAAGUGGUAUCAUACUUCCAACAUCAGCACAGUCAAAGCCACAAGGAGGUGAGGUUGUUGCUGUCGGGGAGGGUCGUACAAUUGGCAAAACGACAGUGGAAGUUAGUAUAAAGAAUGGUACUCAAGUGCUGUACUCAAGAUAUGCGGGAACUGAAUUGGAAUUCGAUGGAUCAAAGCACCUGAUUCUGAAAGAGGACGACAUUGUUGGUAUUCUUGAGACAGAUGAUAUCAAGGAUCUGCAGCCCUUGAAUGACAGAGUUCUAAUCAAGGUGGCUGAGGCUGAGGAAAAAACUUCUGGAGGAUUGUUUUUGAGUGAGGCCGCAAAGGAGAAACCUUCAAUUGGCACGGUGGUAGCCGUUGGACCCGGUCCUCUUGAUGAGGAAGGGAAGAGGAAAGCACCUUCAAUAUCCACUGGAAAUACAGUUCUGUAUUCCAAAUAUGCUGGCAAUGACUUCAAAGGAGCUGAUGGCUCUGAAUACAUCACUCUAAGGGCAUCUGAUGUAAUUGCUGUGCUUCCAUAGAUGUAAUUAUUAUAUGUAACAAGUCUUCCUUCUCAUGCUAGUACUUGCAGUGUAGUCUUAGAUAAGAGGAGAAUGUUGUACCACUUCGGGAUAAAACUUUUGCAAAUUAGCAAUUAAUAUCAUAUUCUGUAGAAUCCAAUUUUGGAA